UUAAGUCUGCCAUCUUACAUUGGGCCGGAAGGAAAAGAAUAACUAAACCUGGACUUUAUAACGUUUCCUUUCAACUGCCAAGUCUCCCGGAAAUUGAACAGGGGAGAGGAAGUGGAGGGCCGACUGCCACUUGGCCUUUACGGCGCUAACGGAGGGAGAUGAGAGAUAAUAGCGGGUUAGAGGAGGGAAGGGCAGGCGGGUUUUCUUCCCGCCUUCUGUUUCCAUGGGUGCGAUUCCUGAUUGGCUGAGGAGGAGUUGAGCUUCGGUAAUGAGGCCUGGUUCGCCUGCCUGCCUGCCUUCCCUCUGAAGGAAGCGGGGAGCCUCUUGCGUGAGCCGAGCGGGAGCCCAGCUGAGGAGAAGCCGGACUCCGGAGCGGGACUUUGAGAAGCGGCCUCUUCGGGGGUUUCCGUGAGUCUCGGCAACGAAGCAGUUGAGCCGCUUGGCUUCCUCUUUUUUUCUGCACGAAAACGGGGUGCUCGCCCCGCUUGCCUGCCGCUGAGGAGCUCGGCCAAGGUGGUUGGCCGAUGUGGCUUUAUUCGGAGCCGCGACGGCGAAUUCCCCUGCUGAGCCGCUGAGCCUGGAGGAGAAGCCGGCCAUGGAUGAUUUUUUAUCCAUUAGUUUGCUCUCCCUGGCUAUGCUGAUCGGCUGCUAUGUGGCGGGCAUCAUCCCUUUGGCCGUCAACUUUUCCGAGGAAAGAUUAAAACUUGUUACAGUUCUUGGUGCCGGGCUCCUUUGUGGAACUGCCUUGGCUGUCAUUGUGCCUGAAGGAGUACAUGCACUUUAUGAAGAUCUUUUGGAGGCAAAGCACAACCCAGUCAGUGAGAGUCAAAAGGUCAUUGAAUCCGAGAAAGCAGAUGUUCCAGAUGUGCAUGAUCAUAACCACAACCAUGACCAUUCAAGAUUACAUGCUUACAUUGGUGUUUCUCUUGUUCUUGGCUUUGUCUUUAUGCUGCUGGUAGAUCAAAUUGGCAGUUCUCACGUCCACACUGCAGAUGACCCAGAAGCAGCAAGGUCGGGCAAUUCCAAAAUUACUACUACACUAGGACUAGUGGUCCAUGCAGCAGCUGAUGGUGUUGCCUUGGGUGCAGCUGCUUCUACAUCUCAGACUAGUGUCCAGCUAAUAGUAUUUGUUGCAAUUAUGCUGCAUAAGGCACCUGCUGCUUUUGGGCUUGUCUCCUUUCUUAUGCAUGCUGGCCUUGAACGGAAUCGAAUCAGGAAGCACUUGCUGGUUUUUGCACUAGCAGCACCUGUUUUGUCAAUGGUGACUUAUUUGGGAUUAAGCAAGAGCAGUAAACAGGCACUUUCAGAAGUCAAUGCCACUGGAGUUGCCAUGUUGUUCUCUGCUGGGACUUUCCUGUACGUUGCCACAGUUCAUGUUCUUCCCGAAGUGGGUGGAAUGGGACAUAGCCAUAAACCUGAAUCUGCUGGAGGCAAGGGACUCAGUCGCCUGGAGGUGGCUGCAUUGGUUUUGGGUUGUUUGAUUCCUCUGAUUUUAUCUAUUGGACACCAACAUUAAAACUUGGAAGACCAGCAUUUUCCCCCUGAAUCUGAUAUAAGCAGCAGUCAGUUGCUUUUUUUAUUGCUGUCUCUCUUACCCUGUUAACUACCCCAUGUAUGUUAAGAAGUUGGAGAGGAUCAUCAUUUCAACAAGAAAACUGAGAAAACUCAAUAUAAGAGAGAGAGAGAGUACUCUUUGACAGCUAGUUAUAAAUCCUGCAUAAUUUCUCUUUUCUAAAGAUAUUUUAAUUAUGACUUCCUACCUAUUCUCAGGGAAGCUGGAACUUGGAUAUUAUCUGGGAAGAUCCUUGCAAUUCAUCAUGAAAUCAUAAUCCCAAGUAUUCUGUAUGUCAGCAUUCAGAGCUGAUGUCUUGACAUUAUGAUGCUACCUUCUAAUAUGAGAAGAUUGUUCACAUCUUCCAAAUGUUCAUGUAUUAAUAAUGGCAUGGGCUGACUUAGAAGGAGGCAUCUGGUGAAGAAAUAUUUGUGAGGAUGAAGUUGUAGGCAAAAUUUGUAUUAGAUAAAGAAGUUCAAUAGGAUUCUUGCAUUGAAUUAUUAUGAAAGCACAUUUGUUCCUUGAUUUUAGCAGGCUAGACAGUAUGGAAGAGAGCCACAUUCAGCAGAAAGAUUGUCCUCAUCUCUAAAGAAUAUUAUUGUUUUUUCAAAUGAAUGCUAGUUUAUUUACAAAAUGUUGCUUUUCAAGUAGAAUAAGAUAAGCCCUAUUCAUCAGACAUCAACCUCAAAAGCUAAAACUGUAAUACUUUCUGAUAUUACUAUCAAAAAUCAUUCCAGGUUGUGAGCUUGUAUUGAAUUAAAUGUCUGAAGUCUGUUAAAACUGAGUAUCGAUACACCUCUGGAACACAAUUCUACACAUCGUAGUGGUUCAAAAAGGUAACUGUAAUAAUAAAAAAAAAAACCUGUCAAAGCCAUUGACUUAAAAAAAAAUUAAAUGGUUAAAAUAUAUGUUGGUUACUGGUGCACAGUUUUAUAUAUGCUUUAAAUUUUCAAUCACAUUGUCAAAAGUCAUUAAUAGUUAAAAUUUUAUUUUUAAACAAGAUGAAAUGGUGUUUGAGUGAAAUGGUUUUUACUGGACUGGUUAUCCAUUAGAUAAAUCUAUUCCUAUUUUCAGUAACUUUUUACAGUCCAGUAAUUAAUGAAACUUAUUUUCCAUGCCUGCCUUGCUCACAUCUUAUGUUUCCUUGACAGUGGAUAUUAAGGUUGUUCAGAAUGGUUAUGCUUUAACUGGCAGUUCCUACUUAUAGAGUGAGUCAUUGGUUGUGCAUCAAUAGGCGAUAUCAGUUUUUCAUGACUGAUUCUAAAGUUUUUUUUUAAGCUAAUACUCAACAGACCUAUUGACUGCUAUUCUUUCCAAUACGUGUUUAUCAGCUACAUACAUUUAUAUCAUCAAGAACUGGGAUAAAUCAUCUGUAUGAGUGUGGAUCAUAAAAUGGUGCUAUCAAUUGCCUAGUACAUCUCAAAUGGAUCUGCCAGUUGUGCUUGAUCUGUAAGAAAGCAUUUCAAAGAUUACAGUUUUAGAAUUUUUAUUCUCUUCUGUGCUAGAAGAGAAAAUAGAAACACAUUUGUCAAAACAUGGGGCAAAAAAACCCAGAUGUACUAUUUGAUAUAUGAAUUGUGGUUAAUGUGCCUGUCACAUUUGCACACUUAAUGAUUGAAAAUAAAAGUCACAAAAUGCCAAAUUACCAUUGCUGCGGAAAAUGACAAUGUCAAUUCUUCCAACUAGCAAGUUGGGAAAUAAUGGCAAAAUGACAAGUCACCAAAGUUGAUUGAAAUGUCAUUAAUAUAGAAAUAUUUGGAAAAAGAAUAGGGAUUCUGGGAUAUAAUUUUGAAUUGAAAUCAUACAUUUUUUAAAAAACCAUUUGAUCAUUGUAUGUUACAGAGAGAACUUGAGGAAUUCUGUUUUAAACCAGACUCAGCUUUAAGUGCUUACUGUUACUUGCAAAAUUUAAUUGGAAGCUACCUAAACUAAUCAAAUUUGUGAAAGCAAGUCUGUUAAUUCUAUCUUUCCUAUUUCACUACCCUGGGCUCAGUAUCUAGCACUAAAUUAUUAUUUGUAAGGCAAUGAAUAUGCUUAAUGUGUGAUGUUUAUUGCACAAUAAACAUAGGGCAGUACAGGGAAUGCUUGUGGGGCUGAUUUGCUCCUGUGUGGGAGCAAAGGUGCCUUGAAUACUUUGCCAGUAUUUAAUUGCUAACUACUAUUGUAGCAGUGGUGAGCUUUGAGAAGGGAAUUUCUAAAUAAUAAAACAAAUUCUGUAGCACAAUUCCAGAAAUUUGAUCUCUUGUAAUACUGAGAAGCUCCGUUUUGAGAAAUCAUAUGGAUUUGAGCAUAUGGAUUUUAACUUUGCCCAGAUUUUAAAAAUCAAUGCAAAAUCAUUGCUUUUUGUAGUCUAAUUGUACUCUUCUUGACUCUUAUUACUAGUCAUAUCCAAAUUGUAUUCUGAACUUCCCAGUAAACCUGAAAGCCAUGGAUUGCUAAAAUAGAGAUGCAUAAUUAAUAGAUUCUUACAAAUUCCAACACUUCCAAAAGUCACAUCAGUUGUAGACUGAGUUGAAAGUGGAAAUGUUUACUAUGAAUUGUGUCUGUAUGCAACAUUACAUUCAGUCACCUAAUUGCCAUUAUUCAUAAAACAAUCUUUUGCCUAUGCUGGAGAAACUUAAGUUUGCAAUAUUUGACAGAUAUAGCAAGGAAAUGCAGUAUCUUCAAUUGAAAGGAAAUGUCUUGGAAUUUCUGAAACAGUGGAAAAGAGAAGCUCAAAAGUGAUUUUCCAGUAUCCUAAGUGAAAAUAAUUUUUAAUAUCCAGCUGUACCGGAAUGGGAAAACUUGAACAAUAAAUUGUGCUGCAGUGCUGUUUUAUGAUGAAUCAUAGGUAACUUGGAAUAUGGGAAGCCCUUGCAGCAGCAUUUGAAGGAGAUUAUCCAUUUCAAAAAAAUACGAACUUUUACAUGUUUCUGUUAUGUCCCUAACCAGCUAUGAUUUUAUGGGCAGUGUUCCCUGGUCAUAGCCUGAUUCCAUGUACUAAAGUGUAAUUUUAAUGUCUUUUCUAAAUCAUUUGUACACAUGAGAUCAUUCCAUGGAUGGCUGCCUUAUUUUUAAUUUUUUCACUUUAAUUGUGAACUGUUUAAAUAUGUUUUUAUUAUAUUAAAAAUUAUUUGCUGCA